UCCGCCUGAUAUGUCAAUCGCGGUAGGUGAUAAGAACAACGCUUAACCGCGUUGUUCGCUGUCAGAGUCGAGUUGAACCGCUCUCUUCUCUUUGUAGACGUUAUAUACGAAACCCUUGUGAAUUCCAGUUUGGGGAAAGAACCAGAGUUAUAUUUGCAACCGGGAAUCGGAGAGAUUUGAAACAGAAAACCAAAAUCAAAUCGAGGUCCCCAGCUAUAGUGGGGUUGUUUUUAUUGAAUCAAACCAUCCCCACUUGAAGCCAAAACACCAAAAAAAGAAAGGGGAUUUCUUGAUUUGAUUCAUUCAUUCGUUCGUUCAACAAUGGAGGGUCAGAAGAAGUAUAUUACGUGUGAGGAGCUCAAGAAGCAUAACAAGCCUGGGGAUUUGUGGAUCUCGAUCCAGGGGAAGGUGUACAACGUCACAGAUUGGGCUAAACAACAUCCAGGUGGUGAUACCCCUCUCUUGAAUCUGGCAGGCCAAGAUGUUACUGAUGCUUUCAUAGCUUAUCAUCCAGGGACUGCUUGGCAGUAUCUUGAUAAACUGUUUACUGGGUAUUAUCUACAGGAUUUCCAUGUCUCUGAGGUUUCCAGGGAUUACAGGAGGCUUGCAUCUGAGUUUUCGAAAUUGGGUUUGUUUGACAGGAAGGGCCAUGUCUGUUUGUGGUCGCUGACGGCUGUUGUAAUGAUGUUUUGUGCUGUUUUGUAUGGUGUUUUGAAAUGUGAGAGUGUUUGGGCUCAUUUGGGUUCUGCAUCCUUGCUGGGUCUCCUGUGGGUGCAGAGUGCCUAUGUGGGUCAUGAUUCUGGUCAUUACCAGGUUAUGUGCAAUCGUCGAUUUAACAAGGUUGCGCAACUUCUCUCUGGGAAUUGCUUGACUGGAAUCAGCAUUGCUUGGUGGAAGUGGACUCACAAUGCGCACCACAUUGCCUGCAACAGUCUUGAUUACGAUCCAGAUCUCCAACACAUUCCAGUUUUUGCGGUAUCUCCUCGUUUCUUUGAUUCAAUAACGUCUGUCUUUUAUGGGAGGAAAUUGGAGUUUGAUUCGGUUUCUAGAUUUCUAGUGAGUUACCAGCAUUGGACUUAUUAUCCAGUAAUGAUUGUUGGGCGUGUGAAUUUGUUCAUACAAACAUUCCUGUUAUUGUUUUCGAGGCGAAAAGUACCCGAUAGAGCUUUGAACAUAAUGGGAAUUCUUGUUUUCUGGAUCUGGUUUCCAAUUCUAGUUUCGUUCCUACCAAAUUGGACAGAGAGGGUGUUGUUUGUGCUUACAAGCUUUGCCGUGACAGCCAUUCAACACAUCCAAUUUACUUUGAACCAUUUCUCUGCUAAUGUGUAUGUUGGACCUCCAAGCGGGAAUGAUUGGUUUGAGAAGCAGACUGGUGGGACUGUUGACAUCUCUUGCUCAUCUUAUAUGGAUUGGUUUUUCGGUGGUCUUCAGUUUCAGCUUGAGCAUCAUUUGUUUCCCCGAUUGCCGCGGUGCCAUUUGAGGAAGAUUUCUCCAUUAGUGAAGGAUCUAUGCAAGAAGCACAAUUUGCCAUACGUAAGUGUCUCAUUCUGGGAGGCCAAUAAGUUGACGAUUAGAACUCUCAAGACUGCUGCCUUACAGGCUAGGGACUUGGCUAACCCUGUCACUAACAAUUUGCUCUGGGAAGCUUUUAACACUCAUGGAUGAGAUUUCUCCAUUAGUAGAGCAUCAUUUCUUUUUCCCCCUGCAAUAUGUUUGUUUUUUUUUUGUUUUCAUACUGCUUCGAUAUAUGAUUUGGAUUACUUUUCUCUUGUUCCGGCAUUUUAAAUUCUAGUUAGGUUUGUUGGUGGCUUUGAACGGUUGGUUUGUUUGAUUUCAUUGCUGCUCCAAAUCUUCCAUAAAUCUUAAUACUAUUAGUAGGGAAUAUUAUCCAUUUUGUAACCCCAUUGGUAUGAGAACUUUUCCUCUGUUUUUCCAAAGGAGAGUUCUCAUAUAUAAAUGAGCAGAACAAUUUUGGGUUUACCUUUGUUUUCUCCUGUUAUUUUCCUUGAAUAAGAUGAGAUUUUACCA